GACACCGGAUCACCAGGCGGAGCAGCAGGCACCGGGCCACCAGGCGGAGCAGCAGGCACCGGGCCACCAGGCGGAGCAGCAGGCACCGGGCCACCAGGCGGAGCAGCAGGCACCGGGCCACCAGGCAGAGGGGCGACAGGCAUCUGGCCCCCAGGAGGGGCGACGGGCAUCGGGCCCCCAGGAGGGGUGAUGGGCAUCGGGCCCCUAGGAGGGGUGACGGGCAUUGGGCCCCCAGGCGGGGCAGCAGGCGCCGAGCCCCGAGGAGGGGCAACAGGCAUCGGGCCCCCAGGCGGAGCGACAGGCAUCGGGCCCCCAGGCGGAGCGACAGGCAUCGGGCCCCCAGGUGGAGCGACAGGCAUCGGGCCCCCAGGCGGGGUGCCGGCCGCCAGGCCCUCAGGCGGAGAGGCAGGCACCGGGCCCCCGGGCGGGACAGCAGGCACCGGGCCCCCAGGAGGGACGGCAGGCACCGGACCCCCAGGUGAAGCGGCGGGCACCGGGUCAUCAGGCACGACAACGGGCAUCGGGCAGUGGGCACCGAGUCAC